AUGUAUUUGUUUUCAGUCGGAGCUCUUGCAGCUGGACUCAUAGGAUCUGCGCAGGCGCAUGGAAAUGGAAACCAUGCACACGAGCAGGCGCCGAUAGUAGACGCAAAUGCCGACUGGGCCACGAAGCACAUGGCUGAGGAGCACCACAUACAAUCAUUCGACGCCGCAUCCUUCUUCAACCUCCACGACUACAAUUCGAACAAUGAAUGGACUGUCGAGGAUCUUAUGAAGACAUAUGGUGGCAUGGACAAAUCCACAAACCAUAUCUCACAAGAGGACAAGGAGAAGGCGAUUCAGAAAGUCAUCGAGAUCUUCGAUCGCGACAAGAGUGGGACCAUCUCGUUUGCCGAGUACACCAUGGGAGAAGCACAGGGCCUCAAGCUGCCCGACAUUGGUUGGGGCCCAGGUCACCACGGUGAUGAUGAGUACGAGUAUGAGAUCCACCACUUCGAGAAAUACCACGAUGAGAACACGAAGGAGGAGGAUUUGAUCCACCCCGAAGACAUCGAGCAUUUCCGCAUGCACGAUGAGAUGGAAGCUGCGCAAGAAAAGCAGGAGCGUAUGGACAAGAUGGCGAUCAUUGAAGCGAACAUUCCGUCCAAGUUCCGCAAGGACCUCUGAAGCAAUGCGCCCGCCUGGGACAAUCGAGCAAUUGGAUAGUGUCAGAGAAGGAGUCGCGGCGCCAAAUCUGCGCUUCGAACGGCUCUUCAUCUAUGUCAUCCUUUCCGUCUUUGCAUGGAACAGAUUCUGGCAGCAUUCACACCGGCUGGCCGCCAAUAAUGAUGCACACGUACAAGUGCUUGCUUGGUCCGCGGUAGUGCUUGCCAUCUUGGUGGCAUACAAUGUGUAGAUGAGGAAUAAUGUGACAACGGAUGUACGACUGCGACAGUGAGACAGCGCAAUCGCAAGGCUGAGCGAUGACCGCUCAAUAAUGCUGCAUGAACCAGGGUUCGGCGGACGAGGUCGCGAUGCAUGAAAAUGUCACAAGGUUCGGCGG